GCGAGCGGAGUCCAUCCGCGGAGCUGCUGCGCGAGAGACUGGGAACUGCUUUCGAUUGUUGGCGGGCGCCGCCAUCUUGGUCAGUGAGCCUGCGAGUGGCCUGUAACGUCUCCGUGCGUGCGGUGUGGCUGCGUUGUUUAGUUUUUCGGGCGUUUGUUUGCCGAACGGGUGUACCCGAGAGAGAGAGCGUGGUGCGACACUCCGUCGCGUGGACCCUCCUCGUUUAGCCGUUUUGACCCGUGAGAUCCGCGCGCGAGCCGCACGAUGUCGGAACGGGAGGACAACGUUUACAAGGCGAAACUCGCCGAGCAAGCGGAACGCUACGACGAGAUGGUUGAGGCUAUGAAGAAGGUGGCCUCGUUGGACGUAGAGCUCACUGUUGAAGAAAGGAACCUCCUCUCGGUAGCGUAUAAAAAUGUAAUCGGGGCGAGGAGAGCCUCCUGGAGAAUAAUUUCGAGCAUCGAGCAGAAGGAGGAGAACAAGGGUGCCGAGGGAAAACUAGAGAUGAUCCGCCAGUACCGAUCUCAAGUGGAAAAGGAGCUCAGGGAUAUUUGCGCUGAUAUCCUCGGCGUUUUGGAUAAGCAUCUGAUACCGUGCGCCUCCACGGGAGAAUCCAAAGUCUUCUAUUAUAAAAUGAAAGGUGAUUACCAUCGUUACUUGGCAGAAUUUGCUAUUGGUAACGACAGAAAGGAAGCAGCGGAGAAUUCCCUGGUGGCGUACAAAGCAGCGAGUGAUAUCGCCAUGACGGAGCUACCGCCAACCCAUCCCAUUCGCCUGGGAUUAGCGCUCAACUUCUCCGUGUUCUAUUACGAGAUCCUCAACAGCCCUGACAGAGCGUGUCGCUUGGCGAAGGCAGCCUUCGACGAUGCGAUCGCCGAACUGGACACGUUGUCUGAAGAGAGCUACAAAGAUUCCACUCUCAUAAUGCAGCUCCUCAGGGACAACCUUACCCUAUGGACGUCGGAUAUGCAGGGAGAUGGUGAAGCUGAACAAAAGGAGCAGCUGCAGGAUGUGGAAGACCAGGACGUAUCGUAACUCUAGCUGUACAGGUGGCAGUUCGGGGUGGGAAGGGGAGAUCUUUAGAAAUUUGCGUGACCCUUAAAAAAGCACGCACCGUAUGGUUACUUCAAAAUAAAGCAGCAGCAACAGCAGUGACAACAAAUUACAACAACAACAGAAUUAAUAAAUAAAUCGUUCAUUUCAUUCGGCAUUAUAUUACGUACACACACACACACAUACACACACACACAUAUAUAUAUAUACAUAUAUACGAUUGAGUUACAGAGCACGCAGAAAAUAACGAAACAAAAGGAAUCGCACCUUCCGGUAAAUAGAGAGACUGCAAAGCAUUUAGGAGAAAGGCACUUUUUAAUUGCCCCGUUUUUGCGUAUCGAGAGAAAAUACCGUAUUUGCACUUCGCAUGCGUUCGAUCGAAGUUACUUGCGGACGACGUCGAGAACGUCGAGCCGACGUCGAUGCCGGCGUCAGUCGGUAUCUAGCCUCGGCAAUUCAGAUUUGAUUCACAGUGAAUAAGAAUGAAUUAUGUGUCCUAUGUUUUGCAAUAAUGGAAGAGGAACAAAAAGGCGUAUAGAUUGCAUGACGUAAUGUAUCGGGAUAUAUUUACAUGUCUGUCCGUUCUUACAUCUCCACUUUACCUGGAGUUCUCCUCCUCCAAUCUCCUCCUUUUCGUUCCUCGCUUUUUUUACCGCGCCUAUUGUAAUUAUUAUAGUAUCUGUUAGCAUAUGCGUGUAAAUCAAUUUAAUUUGAGGAUAAUUCGCGCGUGUCUCCUCUCUUUCUCCCCCCGUGCUCUCCUCUCUCUUUACGGAAAUAAUGGCGGCGCCCUCAUUGUCAGUUGUCAAGACGGACCUCGCUUUCGAGCUUGUAUCCUGUAAUAAGAUGUACUUCCGACAAGAUCCGAUACGAUUGUAAUGUUAUAGUUAGCCGAAAAGAAAACAAAUUUAAAUGCAUGAAUUCUUGGCAUAGCCGAGCUGAGGAGAAGAGAAUGUGCUUACUUCGAUUGCCCUCUCCCUUCCCCCCUUCCCCACCCUCUGUACCUUGUCAAAUGCAAUAACGCUUGAUUUUGUGAGCUUUCGAAUGGAGACCGCGUCGCGAGAGAGUAAAUGUAAGCGAGAAGCGGUAAAGUGUAUCAUCGAAAUUUCUCUGACGGCGAUCUCUCGAUUUCCAGUCCCUUUACGCAUCUCUUCCGAGGCGAGUGCGUCCCAUCGCGUCAGCUCGAUGAGCAGCGUCGUGAUAAAAAAACAAGUGAAAAAAGAAAGAAGGGGAAAAAAUGAAAAAGAUUACGUUAUCGUAGGUGAGCCUUUUUAGCGCGUUACGUUACUCACAGCAAACAAAGUAACUAUCUAGCUAGUCUGUAAUGUGGUUGUACGUUUUCAUACGCCCGUUGUGUAAACUAAAUAUCGAUUGCUGUGGUAUAAGAACAGAAUAAAUGACUGUACCCCGACUUUUUCCACCCGCACAUUUACACACGCAAUUUACGCUCUAUAUAUAUAUAUAUAUAUACAUAUAUAUAUAUUAUAAAUAUAUUCAUAUUUCUCUAUCCUCGUCCUUCCCUUCCGGAUGGACGAUAGUCGGAAUCAGUAUUUGUAAUUAUCCAUUCGCCGAUUCAUCGACGAGCCAUUCCAUCGAUUUUUACGUUCAAACAUUCCAUUGUUCUUGUAAUGAAGAGUCUGUCGGGAUCGUAGAGAUUUACACAGUGAAAAAUAUCUUUUCUUCAGAUCGAUGAGGUAAGCUUAGCUAGUUGACCAUUUUACGCAUUAAACUUAUCUACUUAUUAUAUAGCUAGAAUUACCAAAAUCCAUUUAAGCUCACUCAGUUUUCUCGCUGAAUAACGUGAUGGAGAGGAGACGCCGAGUUUAAGCGCAGCAGAGAAGCGCGGCGUUGGACAACAACAUUGAAAGUUCGGCAUAAUCCGGCGAGAAAGAAACGCGGAUCGCAACCUCUUCGAGGAAGACGAAAAAGCAGAAAAUAAUUAGUGUCCAUCGUGCCCCUGUAUUUAGGUAUUGUAACGGUAAAAUUGAUAAUCAUGUUACAAACGACACACGUUACGAGAAAUAAUUCAAAAUAUCAACCGGCUCUCGUAAGUAAGUAAGUAUACUUGCGAAUGUAAUUGUAAGAACGUAAUAAAUAGGCUAAAGAGAAGGGAAAAAAAAACGAAAAAAAUAAUCUCGACGCGAGGGAUCAUCCGAGUAACUCGGGUAGGAUCAACUCGAGUAUAUGAUAUGAUCGAGUCGAUUAUAAUCGAGAAGAUUAAAUCGCGCGAAAACUGUGUGCAAGGUAAACAGAGCUCUAAAUUAAGAACUGCGGAGCGAGGCGGAUGUCGUCGUAGGCUGUAAAACGCACGCGCAUAUAUAUAUAAAUAUAUAAAUAUAUUUCUCAAGUACAUAGCAUGUAUUUGUGCGGCAAAGUGUUUUAAGGAAUUUAGCUACAUAAAAGCAAAUAAAGAAAGAAACGCGUCAGGUGGCAACGAAUGGUGGUAGCGAUCUCUGAACGCCGAUGAAUUAAUUAGCCCAAUCGAGCAAUAUCCGGUUAUACAUUCAUAAAUACGGACAUAAAUCAGAGACCAUAUCAUUUUAAAAUCUGGAAAUUUCAAACCACCUUUGAAUCUGUUCGAUUUCAUUGGUUUAAAUGACAAUUUAGCGUUACGAUUAAAUAAAAAUGCUUUUUUUCAUCAUCGUUCGGAGGAAUUAAUUUUACAUUUUUGGAUCCGCAUGCGUUCUUAACGCUCUGUGUUACAGUUGAUGCGAAUACACCGGAUACAAUCUUUUUUUCUGUAAAACCACACACAUGAAAGCUACAAAUAAAGUAAUUACGAAUC